GAAAACACACUAGUAAACGAAGAACGACUUCUUACAACAAGCCCUUCAAUACUCGCUGAUAUAGCCAACGAUCCUGCAGAAGAUAGCCUAUUAGCUUCGGAUGACGAAGACAUACCGUGUGGACAAAUGUCAACAGGAAAGGCGCAAAAACACAAACCUUAAAGAAAAUGGGGAUCAGCCAUUGAAAAGAAACAGAAAGACUAACAAUACUGUGAGAAGAAACGGCGACCCCACAGAGGCCAAAAGACUAAACGUGAAAAAACCAAACACCAACGAUCAGAGAAAAUGGCGCCAAGUCCAAAUACCACGCAAAACGGGUCCACAGAAACGUCAUCAUGAUGACUCUCGUGAACAGAAAGAACACAUACCUUUUAAAAAACAGCGCCUUACUACAGAAGAGCUUGAAAACACCAUUAAGGACAAGAUACAAAAGUCCAAAGAAUCCAUCGCCAAACUGAAGAAACAUAUUGAGAAUAAUACAUGUCCAAAAACUUUGCGUUAUAACGCAAGGGCAAACAUUGCCCCGGACGAAGAAUUCAAACGAGACAUAAGCUGGAUUAGAAAAGACGCAGAACGAAAAGUUUUAGGCGCACUCGUUAAGUUUCACGACCGUAGAGUCGAAAGAAGCAAAUCUAAACUUGUAAAACUAGAGCAGGAAUCACGCAAAGAAAAGAGGAAAGACAUGUCAGAUAAGGUACCAUCUAAUACUCUAGAAUGCAGUCACGAACAGAAACUAGAGAAUAUCCAGACGAAAAUAGACGAACUCAACAAAAUGAAGUAUGUCUUACAAAAUGCUAAAGAGAAUAAACAAAGUGAAUCUUAUCCCAGAGUGUUUUCUGAGAAU